GACGCAAACAUAGGGAUGUUUUUAAUCCAUACCUUCUGGAAAAUACUACUCUGGAGCUAUUGUGAAUGUAGGCACACAAGCGGAUCAAUGUUAAGAAGAAGCUCCUUUCCAUUCACAUGAGGAUUUGAGCUGUCAUUCUGCAGUGUGCUGCGAGCACAUACAGCGUGUCUGUACGGAGCCUCCCCGUGCCCUCUGCUGUGCUGCUGGGUUCUGCCUGGCAGUUAGCGUGUUACCUUCAGUUCCUUCCAUGCUGCAGCUGUCCCAGCCAGAACAGACAGCGGGAAGUUCCUGAGGUGCUGAAGGAGGAAGUUAUGAGCAAUGAAUGCUUUUUUUGGGAGAGGGGAAGGGAAGGAGAGCUGAGGUGUAAAGAGCAGCUGCUGUACAUACCUAAUCUCUGUGAAAUACUGAUCUAUGUUUCUGUGUUUUUGCUGUAUUUUUUUUGUAUUUUUCCCUCCACGGACCUGAGCGGAUCACCCCGUUUUGUACUGGGAAGUUAUUGCAGAAUGCCUUCUUUAUUUGCUGUAUGCCUUAUCCAUCCCAGCAUCACCGUUAUGAGUGUACCUACGAAAGAUUUGCGUACUACCUCCUUUGGACGUAUGUUUAAACUCUGCCUUGGGCUCGAUUUGCGCCGUUUUUCCUUUGGUCUGGCAUUUGUGUCGCGCUGGAGCCCAGGGGCUCUGCAGCAGCAGCACCGUGGGGCGCCCCGCCAUGACAGAGCCGCUCUGGAGCGGGGCGCGAGGGGAGGCCGAGCUCCGUCUGCUCUGUGUGCGCGUGGAGAAAAAAAGAAAUAAAGAUGUCCCUUUUCAACCACUCGCCUCCUUCAGCCGCUUCCCUCCGGCCGGGCCUGCUCCGCUCGCGCCCGGCGCCGCCUUCCCGCUCCGCGCGGGGCCGCUGCCCGCCCUCCCGGCGCCGCGGAGGCCUGUGGGUAAAGCCCCGCCGCCAGGUGACAGCUCUCGGCCGCCGCCGGGGCCCGGGCUGAGGCGGCAGGGCCGGGCCGGGCGGGAGGCCGCCAUCCCGGCGGCGCGGGGCGUCCCGCCGGCGGCCGGAACCAUGGAGCGGGCGGCGGCGGCGGCCGGGCCGGCGGCGGAGGGCGGCGUUGUGAGCCGAAGGGCCGCGCGGGCUGGGGCUGGCGCGGCGGCGGGGGCCGGUUCGCGGCAGGCCAGCACCGAGACGCUGGACAGCCCUACGGGAUCGCACGUUGAAUGGUGCAAGCAGCUGAUAGCUGCAACCAUUUCCAGUCAGAUCUCUGGCUCUGUCCCUUCGGAAGGCAUGUCCAGAGACUACCGGGUGUACAGGAGGCCUGAUAUUCGGGCGCUGCGGGAUGGAAACAAACUAGCACAGAUGGAAGAGGCUCCGCUUUUUCCUGGAGAAUCAAUCAAAGUUAUUGCUAAAGACGUUAUGUACAUCUGUCCAUUUAUGGGAGCAGUCAGUGGUACGUUGACAGUGACGGACUUCAGAAUGUAUAUCAAAAGUGUUGAAAGGGAUCCACCUUUUGUUGUUGAUGUUCCUCUUGGAGUGAUCAGUAGAGUUGAAAAAAUUGGAGUACAAAGCCAUGGAGACAACUCUUGUGGUAUAGAAAUAGUUUGCAAGGAUAUGAGAAAUUUGCGGCUUGCCUAUAAACAGGAAGAGCAGAACAGAUUGGAGAUUUUUGAAAACCUUGUAACACGCGCGUUUCCCGUUUCAAAUGGACUGCCUCUUUUUGCAUUCAGCUAUAAAGAAAAGUUUGCUGUUAAUGGUUGGAAAGUAUAUGAUCCAAUGGCAGAAUAUAAGAGGCAGGGCUUGCCCAAUGAGAGUUGGAAAAUAUCAAAAAUUAACAGCGCCUAUGAGCUUUGUGAUACAUAUCCUGCUGUUCUUGUUGUGCCAACCAGUGUAAAGGAUGAUGACCUCUCAAAAGUGGCAGCAUUUAGAGCAAAAGGCAGAGUUCCAGUGCUAUCCUGGAUUCAUCCGGAGAGCCAGGCAACAAUAACACGAUGCAGCCAGCCAUUGGUAGGCCCGAACGAUAAGCAUUGUAAAGAGGAUGAAAAAUACUUACAGACAAUAAUGGAUGCCAAUGCUCAGUCACAUAAACUUAUCAUCUUUGAUGCCAGACAGAAUAGUGUUGCAGAUACAAACAAGGCAAAAGGUGGAGGAUAUGAAAGUGAAAGUGCCUACCCAAACGCAGAGCUGGUCUUCCUGGAAAUUCAUAAUAUACAUGUAAUGAGAGAAUCCCUGCGUAAACUGAAAGAAAUAGUUUAUCCUACUAUUGACGAGACUCGGUGGUUAUCAAACGUGGACUCCACGCAUUGGCUGGAAUAUAUAAGGAUGCUUCUUGCCGGAGCAGUAAGAAUUGCAGAUAAAAUUGAAUCUGGUAAAACUUCUGUGGUGGUACAUUGCAGCGAUGGCUGGGAUCGAACGGCGCAGCUUACCGCACUAGCUAUGCUUAUGCUGGACAGCUAUUACAGAACUAUCAAGGGCUUUGAGAUUCUUAUAGAGAAGGAGUGGAUAAGUUUUGGACACCGAUUUGCAAUGAGAGUAGGACAUGGAGGUGAUGAUCAUGCCGAUGCAGACAGAUCUCCCAUUUUCCUUCAGUUCAUUGACUGUGUUUGGCAAAUGACAAAGCAGUUUCCUGCAGCCUUUGAAUUCAACGAGUUAUUUUUGAUCACCAUUCUGGAUCAUCUGUAUAGCUGUCUCUUUGGGACUUUCUUGUGCAACUGUGAAAAAGAAAGGUUAAAAGAGGAGUUAAGCACUAAGACUGUAUCGCUGUGGUCCUACAUUAACAGUCAGUUAGAUGAAUUCGCAAAUCCUUUCUACGUGAACUAUGAGAACCACGUCCUGUAUCCUGUUGCCAGCCUGAACCAUUUGGAACUGUGGGUCAACUACUACGUCAGAUGGAACCCGAGGAUGCGGCCCCAGGUUCCAAUCCAUCAGAACAUGAAGGAGCUCCUCGCCAUCCGGACUGAGCUUCAGAAGAAAGUUGAAGAUUUGCAACGGGAAGCAGCUACACGGUCCAUUUCCUCCUCCUCUGACAGAGGUUCAUCUCCGUCCCAUUCAGCCACACCAGUGCACACUUCUGUGUGAUGUGUAACAAAAGCCGUGCGAAACAGUUCGGGUCAGGUAAUACAGAGAGGGGGGCAGAAUGUUUUCCUGUCACGCAGGGAUUGUGAGUGGCUUGUAACUGCUAUGAUCUACAUGCCUUACUGUGUCUGAUAUUACCACAAUGAGGCCAAAAAGAGCUUCAGUAGAUGUGAUGUCUUUUCUUGUUGGCAGUCCCCACGUGUUUUGACAUCUCUCGUUAAAUCACCAGUUGUGAAAUUAAACUUUGUUUUGAGCAACUAACAAUUUAACCAUCCUCAAAAGGAAUCCAUCUGCCAAGCAGACAGAAAGAUGCCUCUCACACUGCCUAGGGUACCAUGCCUGCUUGAGAGAAUCAGAUGAAAUGGACAUGAUGCUUACACAGAACACUGAGAACAUUUUUCUGAAUGGGAGCUCUGUACUUCACACGGUAAUACAAUAUAUAUUUUUUGGUAGAGCAGUUGUGUUUUAUAAGGAAAUUGAUGCACUUGGAAAUUGAUUUUAAAGUAAUGUUUUCCAGUGUAGUCAGUUUUGCAUUUCAACUAAAUAUGCCAUUAAAAGUGGACGAAGUUAAACGGGGUUUGUCAAAUACACCACGCUGACUUGUAUGAUGUAAUAUAUUUGGUAAAGCAUGUAUUUUAGUUUUUUUAAUGCCUUUUGUACAAGUUGCAAUAAAGUCUUCCGACGGUUUAUUCAUUGUUCAGUUUCAGCCUCCUGAGUGAGGGGUAAACUUAACCACGUCGAGGUCUUGUUCAAAGUACAGGUUUGUUUUCUAGCAAAUGGUAACACUGGGGUUGAAAUGACACUCAGCUGUGUAAAUUGUAUAGUCUGUAUAGCUCCACAUUUUGCUAACCGUGUUUUGUUUUGAACUGUACACACAAAAUGCAGAGCCGUGUCCGUUCAUAUACGUGUGUAUGUGAUGUUCAGCAUCCGCCAGUGUUCUUAUGCUCUGAGUUCAGAAAGUGGAUCCUGCCUACCCAAACUCAUUCAAAGACCUUAACUCGUAAUGACUUUGUUUGACAAAGUUUUUUUAAGUAAUAUGAGCUUAAUUGGUUUGCUUGAAAUAAAGCCGGUUGGCUUUCUGUUUUUUA